CUGGGAUUAAUGACAUGUCAUGUGACCCCAAAGCCUCCGGACAGCAGGAGAUCAGAAGGAGAGAUUUAUAGCAUGAACAACAAAGUUGAAAGUACACGGCCAGAGCACUGAGAGAUAUCAGGUAUUGAUGUAACUGGAGUGAAGAAGGGAACCUUCUUCCUGAGCACAGACAUUGGAGCCUAUUAUCAGCAUGAACUCAUAUGUGUUAGACAAACACUUGAAUAGUUCAUAUCCCUCCUUCACUACAGAAAGCAUCAGAAUGAUACCGCAAACUCCAAAAAUCUUAGACACCGAUGACUAUUCACAAACAUUGGGGAUAUCACAAACAAUAUUAAAAUAUGAAGGUGAAUUGGCAGGAGCUGGACAGCAAUUAUUAUGUACAGAGAGUAAUUUAGUCCUCAAACAAGAGGUCAACAUUUAUGACUUAUCUAGUGAAAUUAAUAUCCCUGAGGAUAAAUCACACACAUUUACUGAGUUUUCAAAACAUAUUAAAGAAGGGAAAAGUCUACAGUCUAACCAAAUAAUUCAUACAAAUAUGAAACCAUUCAAAUCUGCAAAAUGUGAGAAAAGCUUUAGAGGGAAGUCUCAUCUACUAGAACACCACAAAAUUCACACAGGUGAGAAGCCACACACAUGUACAGAGUGUGGAAAAAGUUUUACACAAAUGGAUUGUCUGAAAACUCAUGAAAGGAUUCACACAGGGGAAAAGCCGUUCACAUGUACAGAGUGUGGAAAAAGUUUUACAGAGAAAAGUAAUCUGAAAAAGCAUGAAAGGAUUCACACAGGAGAAAAGCCUUUUACAUGUACAGAGUGUGGAAAAAGUUUUAGAUAUAAGAGUAGUCUCAAAAAGCAUGAAUGGAUUCACACAGGGGAAAAGCUAUUCAUAUGUAGAGAGUGUGGAAAAAGUUUUACACAUGAGAGUAGUCUGAAAAAGCAUGAAAGGAGUCACACAGGAGAAAAGCCUUUUACAUGUACAGAGUGUGGAAAAAGUUUUACAGUAAACAAUGCUCUGAAAAUUCAUGAAAGGAUUCACACAGGGGAAAAGCCGUUCACAUGUACAGAGUGUGGAAAAAGUUUUACAGAGAAAAGUAAUCUGAAAAAGCAUGAAAGGAUUCACACAGGAGAAAAGCCUUUUACAUGUACAGAGUGUGGAAAAAGUUUUAGACAUGAGAGUAGUCUGAAAAAGCAUGAAUGGAUUCACACAGGGGAAAAGCUAUUCAUAUGUAGAGAGUGUGGAAAAAGUUUUAGACAUGAGAGUAGUCUGAAAAAGCAUGAAUGGAUUCACACAGGGGAAAAGCCUUUCACAUGUACAGAGUGUGGAAAAAGUUUUACACGAAUGUAUCAUCUGAAAACUCAUGAAAUGAAUCACACAGGGGAAAAGCCCUUCACAUGUACAGAGUGUGGAAAAAGUUUUACAGUAAACAAUGCUCUGAAAAUUCAUGAAAGGAGUCACACAGGAGAAAAGCCUUUUGCAUGUACUGAGUGUGGAAAAAGUUUUACAGAGAAAAGUAAUCUGAAAAAGCAUGAAAGGAUUCACACAGGAGAAAAGCCUUUUACAUGUACAGAGUGUGGAAAAAGUUUUACAGUAAAAAAGGCUCUGAAAAUUCAUGAAAGGAGUCACACAGGAGAAAAGCCUUUUGCAUGUACUGAGUGUGGAAAAAGUUUUAGACAUGAGAGUAGUCUGAAAAAGCAUGAAUGGAUUCACACAGGGGAAAAGCCUUUCACAUGUACAGAGUGUGGAAAAAGUUUUACACGAAUGUAUCAUCUGAAAACUCAUGAAAUGAAUCACACAGGGGAAAAGCCCUUCACAUGUACAGAGUGUGGAAAAAGUUUUACACAUGAGAAUAGUCUGAAAAAGCAUGAAUGGAUUCACACAGGAGAAAAGCCUUUCACAUGUACAGAGUGUGGAAAAAGUUUUACACAAAUGUAUCAUCUGAAAACUCAUGAAAUGAAUCACACAGGGGAAAAGACUUUCACAUGUACAGAGUGUGGAAAAAGUUUUGCACGAAUGGAUCAUCUGAAAACUCAUGAAAGGAUUCACAUAGGAGAAAAGCCUUUCACAUGUACAGAGUGUGGAAAAAGUUUUACACAAAAGAGUCAUCUGAAAAAGCAUGAAAGGAUUCACACAGGGGAAAAGCUGUUCACAUGUCUUUUUCGACAGAAGCGUGGAACAGCCAUGGGGGCCACAUGUGCACCGACCUAUGCCUGCCUCCACCUUGGUUGGUGGGAAAACAACAUUGUGUUUGGUGAACACAUGGAAUGUAGUUCAGUAUUGGACGGACCUUUAUUCCCCUCCCAUUUACUUCCUAUGCAGCUGUUGCUGGAAAAACACGUGAAUAGUUCAUAUCCAUCCUUUACUACAGAAAGCAUCAGAAUGAUACCGCAAACUCCAAAAAUCUUAGACAUUAAUGAAUAUUCACAAACAUUGAGGAUAUCACCGCAGAUAUUUAAAGAAGAGGAUGAAUUGGCAGGAACUGGGCAGCAAUCAUUAUGUACAGAGAGUAAUUUAGCCAUCAAACAAGAGGAAAACAUUUAUGACUUAUCUAGUGAAAUUUUUAUCCCAAAAGAUAAACCACACACAUUUACUGAGUUUUCAAAACAUAUUAAAGAAGGGAACAGUCUACAGUCUAACCAAAUGAUUCAUACAAAGGAGAAACCUUUCAAAUGUACAGAAUGUGAGGAAAGCUUUAGAUGGAAGUCUCAUCUACUAGCACACUACAACAUUCACACAGGUGAGAAACCACACAUAUGUACUGAGUGCGGCAAAUGUUUUACACAAAUGGAUCAUCUGAAAACUCAUAAAAAGAUUAACACAGGAGAAAGUCCUUUCACAUGCACAGAGUGUGGAAAAAGUUUUACACAAAAGAUUGAUCUGAAAACUCAUGAAAGGAUUCACACAGGAGAAAAUCCUUUCACAUGUACAGAGUGUGGAAAAACUUUUACAAAAAUAAAUAGUCUGAAAACUCAUGAAAGGAGUCACACAGGAGAAAAGCCUUUCACAUGUACAGAGUGUGGAAAAAGUUUUACACAAUUAAAUAGUCUGAAAACUCAUGAAAGGAGUCACACAGGAGAAAGGCCUUUCACAUGUACAGAGUGUGGAAAAGAUUUUACACAAAUAAAUAGUCUGAAAACUCAUGAAAGGAGUCACACAGGAGAAAAGCCUUUCACAUGUACAGAGUGUGGAAAAGGUUUUACAAAAAAAAGUCAUCUGAAAACUCAUGAAAGGAGUCACACAGGAGAAAAGCCUUUUACAUGUACAGAGUGUGGAAAAAGUUUUACAGAAAAAAGUUAUAUGAAAACUCAUGAAAGGAGUCACACAGGAGAAAAGCCUUUUACAUGUACAGAGUGUGGAAAAGGUUUUAUACAAAAGAGUUAUCUGAAACAGCAUGAAAGGAGUCACACAGGAGAAAAUCCUUUUACAUGUACAGAGUGUGGAAAAAGUUUUAUACAAAAAAGUGAUCUGAAAAGUCAUGAAAGGAUUCACACUGGAGAAAAGCCAUUCACAUGUACAAAGUGUGGAAAAAGUUUUAUACAAAAGAGGUAUCUGAAAAAUCAUGAAAGGAUUCACACAGGAGAAAAGCCUUUCACAUGUACAGAGUGUGGAAAAAGUUUUACACAGAAGAGUAAUCUGCAAACUCAUGAAAGGAUUCACACAGGAGAAAAGUAUUUCGCAUGUACAGAAUGUGAAAAAAGUUUUACACGAAUGGAUCAUCUGAAAACUCAUGAAAGGAUUCACACAGGAGAAAAGCCUUUCACAUGUACAGAGUGUGGAAAAAGUUUUACACUUAAGAGUAAUCUGCAAACUCAUGAAAGUAUUCACACAGGAGAAAAGUAUUUUGCAUGUACAGAAUGUGGAAAAACUUUUACACGAAUGGAUCAUCUGAAAACUCAUGAAAGGAUUCACACAGGAGAAAAGCCUUUCACAUGUACAGAGUGUGGAAAAAGUUUUACAGAAAAAAGUUAUAUGAAAACUCAUGAAAGGAUUCAUACAGGAGAAAAGCCUUUUACAUGUACAGAGUGUGGAAAAGGUUUUAUACGAAAGAGUUAUCUGAAAAAGCAUGAAAGGAUUCACACAGAAGAAAAGGCUUUUACAUGUACAGAGUGUGGAAAAUGUUUUACACAUAAGAGAAGUCUUAAAACUCAUGAAAGGAUUCACAAGGGAAGAAACCUUUAACAUGUUUGGAAAGUGGAAAAAAUGUUUUUAUUGAAAGGUAUCACAAAACACCAAAUAUUUACACACAAAUAAACUAUAUACACAGUGUACAACCUCUUUACAAUUAUCCUAAAGAGGACAAACUCUCUAAAUAGAAGCAUCAAAAAGGAUCCUAUUGUAAAUAAUACUUUCUAAUCCCAGUUAUAUAAGCCCCAGAUUAGAAGUGCUCUCCUGCUGUCCUUUGUGCUUCUAUAUAUGUGCACCUCAGUUUCUCUCAUAUCAAUGUGAUAGAAUCUAAACACCACACAGGAAUAUACAAAUCCGUCCUUGACUCGUUUGGCAGGACUUCCUGUUGGGGGCGGAGCAUAGUCAGUUGCUCCUCGACAGCUGCAAAAGUGUUUGCAGCGUGUAAGAGCCAGCUCCCCACGCCACUUGCCCCAUGG